AUUGCUCUACAGUAAGUAAUACAUGUGCAGUAAAAUUAGGAAUUUGAUUAUUGAUCCCUCGCUAAGUUGGGUCAUUUGAUACUUUUAGAUUAGCUGAAGACUUUCAUAUCGGAACAGGUAUUUAAAUUUUAAAAGUGACUUUACCGUUUACUACACCGAUGCGUCUACAUUUUACCGUCCUUUACUCUCAAACUGUGUCAAAAAGUCAUCUUUACUCUUUCUCAAAAAAUUGUUUUUUUUUUAUAUGUAAUACUAUGGUAUACUCAUGAUUGUCUCCAAGUUAUCUUAGUGCACAGUGUUUACAAUACAUUCAAUUAAACAUACUUUUUAUGGAAAAUUGACAACCUAAUAAAUUUUAACUAUAAUACUGCAACAUAUCGGAUAGAAAUAAAAAAAAAAAAUCAGUGUUAUAUUUUGAAACUGUAUGUGGUAUUCUUAAAAAUUAUAUAGGUUUUAUAUUAAUAUAUUUUUUUUUUUUUUUAAGAUAAUGUAUGUGGAUAACAUUAUCUUAAAAAAAAAAAAAAAUAUAUUAAUUCUUAAUUAGUCCAUCAUUAACAUAACUUUCGCAUUAAUUAUUCGUAUUGUAUAGUUAUCUACAAAGUACUAACAGCUGUCGUUUCAUUGUUUUAUUAUAAUUAUAUAGGGAGUAGUCAUAUGUGGAGCUAGGGAUGGGGUUGGGGGGGGGGGCAUAGCCCCUCCCUACCAAGUUUUAGAUUAGCCCUCCCAAAUGUAUUAUCUAUUUAAAACUACAUACCUAGGUUGUUUGUGGAGGCAAAAGUAUAAUUUUGCUCCUCCAAAUAAUCCACAUUUAAAAAGUAUUCUUAUCAAGGCUGUUAUCCUAAAAUUAUAAUAUUAAAAUAUUUUUUUCCUCAAAUAACUUCAUAAAAGUUUAUAUUUAUUUUAGGUUUCUCUUGUUGAAUGAUAUUAUGUUGACAUAUUUAAUGCAAGGCUCCUGAUAUAAUGUUACAAUAGCAGUUGAUCAAUUUUAAAAAUACAUAGGCACAAUCUUUUUUUAUAAGCAUUUAAAUUUCGAAUUUUGACAAAAUUUAAUAAUUAAUUUGUAGUUGAAAAUUUAUAAAAUGUUCAAAUUUUAUAGCUAAGGAUUGAAAAUUUAAAACAAGGUUCCACGUAAAUAGAUUAUAUAUAAAUUACUCUAUUCACAAUACUAUCAUAAGAUAUACUUGGUAAUAUCAUAGGCUGACUGACCGUUUUCGGUCAGAAUCGUUUUUCUUAUACAAUGAUUUUAUAUCAUUGAAUUUAAAUUUAAAAAAAACAUCCAGAAAUUAGUAUUGAUAAGUUAAAAAAGCGGUGUUUUUUUUAUAACUUCAGACAUCAUUGAUUUAGUGCAUAGUAAUUAGUAAUAAAUACAAAAUUUAUUUAGUUAUUUUGUUAUUUAAUAUUAAUUAAUAGGUAUUUCUUAAAUUUUUUUUAUUAUUUUAUUCAAAACAUUAUUUUUAAAUAUUGGGAUUAAUAAAACGAUUUUAUUUAUUUAUUAUUUUAUAUAAAUUAGAAUUUGUUAAUAAACCAAGUAAUAAAUAAAUGGUUACCAUAAGUAGCAAACCGUUAUCUAUUAUAAAUUUACUGCAUUUGCGUCUAGUAGAAACAAAUAAAUGUUUUUUAAAGAUAAUGUUAUAUAUAAAAAUGUAUUCAAUGAAAUCAUGGACUCUUUCCCAUCUAAACCACAAAUCUAUACAGAUGCCUCCAAAACAAACUCAGGUGUCGCGAUCGCUAUCAUAAACGGAGAGCAAUCCAUAUCGUACAAAUUACCAGACCAUAAUAGUAUAUAUACGGCAGAAUACUUUGCACUCCUGGAAGGAGUCCACCUAGCCAUUCAACUACCCGAUUCCACCAUUAAGAUUUGUACAGAUUCGCUCAGCGCUCUAAACAAUCUGAAAUAUAAUUUACACUCAAGCAUCCUAGCAAUCAAAAUAAGCAACAUCAUUGAAAAAGCCAACAAGAACAUACGGUUCAUAUGGACACCUGGCCAUUGUGGAAUUGAUGGCAAUGAGAAAGCUGACAAAGUAGCUCGUGAAGCAGUAAAUAACCCUCUGACCGAAAUACGCACGUACUCCUCACUCAUCGACAUCCAUAGGAAUGUCAACACCUUUUGUACUAAUUUAUGGGAAUCUGAAUGGCGUCGUACACCCAAUAACAAACUGAGAGAAAUAAAAAAUAUUACUGAAUACUGGCCUAAGCCCCAUACAUCAAAUCGCAAAGAUGAAGUAUAGUCAUUAAUAGAUUACGUAUAGGUCACUCAAAGAUGUCCCAUGGACAUCUUAUGCGCAGAGAAGAACCAGCAAUGUGCCUAACCUGAGGAGAACCUCUCACAGUCAAGCACCUCCUUAUCAGCUGCCGUAUCCAUACAGAUACCAGAAAAAGUCUAAAAUUGCCCGACAACCUCUUUGAAGCCCUCAGCCCUAUCCAUGACAACACUAACAAAAUAAUCAUAUUUUUAAAACAAAUUGAUAUGUAUAAUUUAAUUUAAGAAUUUAUUGUAUUUGUAUAACUAUACUCUAUUAUGUACUAAUUACCAAUUUUUGUUGCAAGCUAAUAACCUUAGCAGUUGAUGCUGUACCAUGAAUAAUAAAAAAAAAAAAGAUAAUGUGAAAAUAUCCAUCAUCCAUAGGUUAGGACGGUUAGGUUGUAAUUACAAAUAAUUUAUGGCAAAUGACAAUCGUCUGAGACGAACAGCGAUUCCAAUACAUACUAACAUAUUUCGUUCCAUUCUGGUUAUUAAGCUAGGUACCUAUUUUUACAAAUGUCAUUAAUCUCAAUACUUCCAGACUGAACUUUUGGAUCAGAGAUAUGAAGACAUGCGGUUUUUCCUUGUCGGAGAUUCACAGCUCUGGCACUAGACAAUAUUAUAUACACUCGAAGGGAACGCGUUUCGCUGGAAGAAUGAAUAAUUACAUAAGUUUUGUCCUUCUACUCUUUUGACGCGGUAGACCUAAUGUAAAUAUUUAUUGUCAGACAAACUUAUAUACCCGCCAGACGUAGAAUAGUUUUAAAAAAUCCAGUUGUUAUAGGUGUACAACAAUUUGGAUAUUAUGAAAAUACUUUAAAUUAUAAUACUUUACCUACAGCUAAUUCAUUGUUAUAGUAGAAUAAUUUUUAAAAUUUAAAAUCAAUGAUUAGGAGGCAAUGCUUUUAUAAAUAGGAAGGUAGGUAUUUAUACCUAUACCUAUUAAAUUAAGAACAUACAUAAUGAUUAAUGUUAUUUAAUAUGAUUUGUAAGUAGUUCUUCGUAAAUCCGUUCCGUCAUGAUAGUUUUAGUUUUCGUUAAGCGGAUCCACCACUAUUAUGUCCGUAUGCAUAGUGAAUUUAUGUGUCACAUAACACAUAGUUUAACAUGUCUUAUGUGAAACAUAAAUGUUCUAUCCAUACGGGCUACAGGCAUUCAACAUUUGGGUUUUAAGAGAACACCUCAAACGCACGUUUUAUUUUGGGAGUUUUACGGGAUAUACUUAUAGGACAUUUUCUUCAAAUUUUCACACUUCACUAUUUGAUAUUGUGAUAUUAUUGGUACCUAGGUUAAGUUUCUGUUUUAGAAUAAAUCGAUAGGUUACCUUGGUAUAUCACAUUCUUUAAUCUAAAUUCUGGUAAUCGAGUAUUGGACAGUAUACAUACGUAACGUAUAAUUCGUAUCGUAGUUUAAUUACUAAAGAAAUAAAAAUUUCCCCAACAGUGUUUAGGGCCACCGGCCGCGGCAGGAGAAUGCAUUAUAUAGAAUGUCUAUAAACUUGAGGUCUAGUAUAUGGUUAAAAUUGGCAUGCGACCAAGGGGACUGGUUCUGGAAAAUUUAAAUGAUUUAAUAAGUUUCGUCUCAUUAUUUGAAUUAAACUAAUUUUUAAGUGAUUGUUGUGAAAAUAAAUUUUUAAUUUAUUUCAUUCAACAUGCUUAUCUUAGUUUUCUAGUACCUCUAGAUUUCUAACGAAAUUCAUAUCGAUCAUCUCAGAGCUUUCAUAUUCAAAACCAUAAAAAUAUGCAUUUUUAUCUUAUUUCAAUAUUUUUCAUCGAUUUCACUUUUCCAGGACAACCCCCUUGAAAUAGAAAACCAGAAUAUAUUACAGAUCACAAAGUUUUCUGUAAAGAACAUAUGAUAUUUUAUCAAUAAACCAUAUUUUACAGGAUGUAUCAAGAAGAUCUUACAAAAAAAAAAUUAUGCUACUUAAACGUAUGACAAAAAUUGUUAAUAUUAUGUGAUAAGUAAAUAAUUUAAGAAAUAUACUCAUGUCAGCAAAUUCCCAAAAAUAAUAUUUUUAAAAUAGUUAUUACAUUCCAAAAUAAUCUCGAAAGUAAUUUAAUUAACAAAUUAUAUAUAUUAAAAAAAUUCUAAAAAAUAAACUACUUGACUUAUAUAAAUGUUUUUACCAUAAAAACUGUUAUUAUAAUCAGAUUCACAAAUUGGCCAUUUCGAAUUUAUCUAAAAAAAUUUAAAUCAAAUUUUAAAUUUUUAUUUUCAGUAAUAAAAAAUAAAAAUAAUUUUUUGUAUAUUAUACGUGUAGCGCGAGUGACAAUAAAUUAUCUAUAAUAAAAAAACUUUAAAAUUUUGUAUAUAGCAAAAGUUAUGGCAUUUGUCAGAUCUUGGUGGGACAUACUGUAUAUACUGAGGAUAAGUUCUAUGGAUUUAUCAUAUUAUAAUAUAUUUAUGUCAUCUAUGGCAAUCGCCAAUUGUCGACAUUCGGCGGAGACGAUUCAUUAUUCUAAUAAUUGCAGUGAACAAAAAAAUAAAAUAAGCCAACAAUUGACGGAAAGUUCGUUAAGCAGUAUAAUAUUAUAAUAUAACACGAACUUUCACAUUUUGUAACGUUUAGGUUAUUUUCAUAAAAUAUUUUCACACUUUCUAGUUUCAAUUCGGAGCGAGAUGUAGACGGAUGAAGAUAACUGUUUUUUUCGGCGGCAGCAUGUGCUGCAGUACAGCUGGGUUUCACCGGAAGAGUCGAUGUUUACGCAAAUGGUAUUCUUCAGUGAAAAUUUACCAACUGGGAAUAAUAUAUCAUAAGCAGACUGAAAUGAGUGAACGUUUCAGUGUUUCGAAGACUAAGUUUCGUAGCAGAUUUUGAUUCGGUCACGGGUCCAGUUUCAAUUUGCAGCAAUGAGUGACACAGUAGUAGCAGGUGUGACUAGACCUGUACCGGAACAGAUGGUUUGGAAAAUUAUCGUAGUGGGUGACAUGAAUACUGGUAAAACUUCUAUCAUUGAACGGCACUGUGACAGACAUUUCAUCGAAGACCGUCGACCCACGAUAGGUAUUGAUUUAAAAAAGAAAACUAUCAAUUUCGAGAACAAAAGCAUUGUUUUAAAUAUUUGGGACACAGCUGGAACUGAAAAAUAUCAAUAUUUAUCUCAAUUGUUCUACAGAGAAUCAAUGGGGUUAUUUAUUAUCUACGACGUUACAAAUUUAAAUUCUCUACAGGACUUGCACAAAUGGAUGAAAAAUAUUGAUGAUAUAAUGUUAUUCGUGAUAUAUGUUAUUGUAACCUUUGUACUUACUAUUCUGUUUUUUCAUAAUAUUGAUCAAGUAUCAGUUAUCGCCUUGUUAUUUGCUCCUUCAAAUGUGGUAAGAAUUUUGAUUGGAGCUAAAUGUGAUAUGGAAUCAAACAGAAUGGUGUCGACCGAAGAAGGGAAACUGGUUGCAAAACAUUUUGGAAUACCCUUUUUUGAAGUAUCUUCUAAAAACAAUAUAAACGUAGACGAUGCAUUUUUGAGAAUGGUUUCUAUGAUAAAUGAGAUGGAAUCUGAAAAUACUAUUAAAAAGGAUUUUGUGAUCUUAGAAGACAAACCAAUAGUUUGUGACAUUGACAACCCAUCCGAAUGUAACUGUUGAUUUGAGAUGUAUUUAUAAGAAAAACAUGAUAACAUUUUAUAAAAUGGUUUCAUUAAAUGUUUACUUAUAAUGUUUUACUUAUUAGUUAUUAUUAUUAUAUAUUAUAUUCUAUAGAAAUACAUUUUAUAUUUUUAUGCACUGAUUAAAA